UAGAGUCUGGUUUAAGGAAAAAAUUUAUUUUUAUUUGUGGCCAAGUGUGAAUUUUUUCAUAUUUAUUUCUUGAAUUUGUGAAUUGUCGUUAUUGUAUAUAUACGCAAAGGUAUAACAUCGGGGUGGGUGCAUUCUUAGAGCAAACAGAAAAGUAUACGGAACUCGAGUGAUUCAGUGAACAGAAAUGGUAAAAGUAACAGUGGCUUUGACGUACAUUUUUUCUUCUUAAUUUAUGAUCCUUUGUGCCUAACAAGAUUUUCGUAUUAAAACAAAAAGAAAGUUACAAAAUUGACUUAUAAUAUUCUCGUAUCAACUGAUCAACUAAUAGAAGAAAAGAUGUUGGACAGAUUACAACAAGAUCUGCUUCUACCAGACAAAGUGAAAGCAAAAGUGGUAGAACAAUCGAAACAAACGCAGGUACAGUUUGAAAGUGUAGACACGAUACAGCGUGUCUCUGUUGUAGACGAACGUCUACUGGAAGUGCAGAAAGAACGAAAUGAUUCAACAUCUUCAAACAAAGGUGUUUUUCAUCAGAUUCUUUUAACCAGUGCUGUUUUGAUCAUGGCAGCUGGAUGUGGCAUGCCUAUUGGUUUCUCCACUGUAAUACUGCCACAGCUCUAUAAUUCAUCGGAUGAAUUACAAAUGGAUUUAGAUUUUGGAUCAUGGUUUGCCAGUGUUCACAGCCUAUCCUCACCAUUCGGAUCAUUUUGUUCAGGACCGUUGAUGGAUCGAUUCGGACGGAAGCCGGGCUUAAUGAUAGCUACCAUUCCUUUGGUACUCGGAUGGAUAUUAAUAGCGUUAGCUGCUUCCCGUCCGGUUUUGUUAGCUGGACGGAUUUUGGCAGGAAUUUCAGUCGGUUUGAUGGCUGCACCAGCUCAGAUAUUAAUCGCAGAGUGUGCUGAGCCCAAACUUCGCGGAUUUCUCGUUGGAGUUCCAUUCGUAUCUUAUGCAUUCGGCAUUCUACUCACAUAUUUACUUGGUGUCCUUCUGAAUUGGCGUACAGUUGCAUGGUGUUGUAACAUUUUACCAUUGGUAUCGCUAGUGGCUUUAUAUCUUGUACCAGAAAGUCCAGUGUGGUUGGUGAGAAAAGGAUUCAUAAACAGAGCCGAAAGAGCGUUGAAAUGGUUAAGAUGUAAUGAUCUCAUCGCAGAAACUGAACUACAAGAAUUGGUCAGACGAUGUGACAAUGAGAAUUUAACAACAACACCGAACGAAAGCAUUCUUAGAGCCUGUGCCAAAUCAUCCGUACUGAAACCGUUGAUUAUAGUCAAUCUGUUCCACAUAAUGAUGAUCCUAUCGGGAACUUAUCUGAUCGUAUUUUACGCAGUGGACAUCCUGUCAGAAUUCGGAACGGACGUAGACAGUAUGACAGCGGCCGUGUAUACCGCUGUAAUCCGACUGAUAUUUACAAUUUGCGCUUGUUUCCUGUUGUAUCAUCUGAACCGUCGAACUCUGGGCAUCUUAUCCGGUCUCGGUUCGGGACUGAGCACUAUAAUUUUAGCAGUUUUCACUUACGUUCGUUUGGGACAAACCAAAUCAACCGUCGACACUGUCGUGCCAGCCAUAUGUAUCAUAUGUUACGUAGCCGCUAAUACAAAUUUCAUGGUACUGCCAGGUGUGAUGGUCGGCGAAUUACUUCCGGCUCAAAUACGUGGCCGUGUUGCUGGAUACAUAUUCACCGGAUUCAAUUUGUUCUUUUUCAUUGUGGCGAAGAUAUUUCCGUAUGUCAGUCAGCGGCUCAAAUCGCAUGGAGUAUUUUUGAUGUUCGGAAUAGCCAGCUUUGGUGCGUCGUUGGUCACGUAUUUACUGUUGCCAGAAACGAAAGGAAAAACGUUGGGCGAAAUUGAAGAUUAUUUUCAAGAGAAAAAUUGGUUUUGGACGGGAAGAAAACGUUCGACCGAAACGGAAAGUGACGGUAAGAAAUGCGUUAAAGUAUGAGACUGCACGGUAUACUGGUAAGUG